CAAUUGGUGUUUUGAUGGUUAUAAUCUGCUGCUUCUGGAGAAAGUUCAAGAUAAUUAAAAGUAUUAAUUUUUGGAAGAAGUUCAAGUUAAUUAAAAGUAUUAAUUUUUGGAAGAAGGAAACUCUAACUCAUCAGAGUGUUGAGGCAUUUCUAAAAAGUCAUGGACCUCUUGUCGUUAGAAGAUACAGUUAUGCUGAUAUAAAGACAAUGACCAAGUCCUUUAAUGAUAAAUUAGGCCAAGGGGGCUAUGGUAGUGUCUAUAAGGGGAAGUUACAAGACGGCUGUUUUGUGGCAGUGAAGGUUAUGAAAGAAUCGUAAGGUAAUGGAGAGGAGUUCCUUAAUGAGGUUGCAAGCAUUAGUAGGACCUCCCAUGUUAACAUUGUCACUCUUAAGGGGUUUUGUUUUGAGGGUUCUAAAAGAGCUCUUAUCUAUGAGCUUAUGCCUAAUGGAUCCCUUGAGAAGUUCAUAUAUAAAGGAAAUCCAUCAAGUUCUAAUCAUCAUUUGGGGUGGGAAACAUUAUACAAGAUUGCAAUUGGCAUUGCACGAGGCUUGGAGUACUUGCAUAGAGGUUGCAACACACGAAUUUUGCAUUUUGACAUAAAGCCUCACAACAUUCUUUUGGAUGAGAACUUUUGCCCAAAAAUUUCUGAUUUUGGCCUUGCAAAGAUAUGCCCUAGAGAAAAGAGUACUAUAUCAAUGGUCGGUGCAAGAGGGACUACUGGAUAUAUAGCUCCCGAAGUAUUUUGUAGAAGUUUUGGAGGUAUCUCUCGCAAGUCAGAUGUCUAUAGCUAUGGAAUGAUGGUUUUAGAAAUGGUGGGAGGCCGAAAGAAUAUUGAUGUUAGUGUUGAUUUUACUAGUGAAAUAUAUUUUCCACAUUGGAUUUACAAGCGUCUUGAACUAAAUGAAGAAUUAGGAUUGUUAGGCCUUUUAGAGGAAGGAGAUGAAGACACUGCAAGGAAGAUGAUAAUAGUGAGUUUAUGGUGCAUACAAACUAACCCCUCAAACCGACCAUCAAUGAGUAAAGUGGUGGAUAUGUUGGAAGGGAGUCUUGACUCUUUGCAAAUCCCCCCCAAACCUUACUUGUUUUCUCCGCCAAGAUCACCGAUAGAUUCUUCUACUGUAAUGAUGUCAAUGCAAUAUGACUCUAUGCACUAAAAUAUACUUUAUUUUAGGGGAAACAUUGACUCGAUAGGAGGUAUGAGCUUUGUUGAUUGUAUUUAUUUU